AUGGUCCUCGACAAAGAUCGAAGACUUUAUGAAGGAUAUCAUCCAUGGAGAUUUAUUAUCGGCUUAUUCUUAUUCACCGCACUUUGUUCAAUAGGAUUUCUGCGAUUUCAUCAGAUAAAUAAUGCCAGAAUAACCUAUACUGAUUCGGAAUCGCCUAGUCAUGUCGAAGCUCGAGUACUUCAAACGUUUUUACAGCAGAAUGGAACAUUGAACAUGAUAGAGAUAAUGAUUGAGUCUCGAGACAACAGAAGUCUGCUAAGAGACGACCACAGGCAACAGAUGUGGGAUCUGAUCCAUGAAAUCAACAACGAGAUCACUGUGAAGAACUCAUCAGGUCAUCGGCUAACGUACAACGACAUGUGCGAACCGUACUGUCAGAAGAACGACGCGUUCAUAGCUCUACUGAAGCUGUACAACAAGAACUUCUCCAGAAUUGAGGUUACGUAUCCAACUAUGGACCUUCUGGGAAGGCAAAUCUUCAUUGCCAGCAAUAUUUAUGGCGUGAGCCUUGUCAAUGACACCAAUACUAUCGAAUCCUUCACUACCGUCAUCCUUCGUUAUUACAUGGUUUAUCCUGAAAUGAAGCCACUACUCGACUGGGAAGCAAAAAUGGUCAGCCUGUUGUACGAUUCCAACAAGUAUAGCUUGCUACGAUGCAGUGCUGGAUCGGAUAAUCUAGUAGCAAAAGAGGUGAAGGAGAUGGGCACAAAGACAGCUCCAUUACUGAGUAUUGCUCUCGGUAUGCUUAUGGUAUUUCUAAUGUACAAGCGGAGGGAGUCUAAGCCAGUAGAAGCGUUUCUUGGCGGUAUGACGCCUAUUCUGGCAGGAAUUACGACUGUUGGACUGGUAUCUGCCACUGGACUCGCCUUUCAGUCAAUCGUCGUUAGCACUUUGUUCCUAGUGCUCGCUAUAGGUAUCGAUGACGUCUUUAUUAUGCUAGCAGCAUGGCAUCGUACAGAAAAAGGUCUAGACAUACCGAAGCGCACUGCUGAAAUGGUUCAAGUUUCUGGUUCUUCAAUGACUGUCACUUCAAUCACCAAUGUGAUCUCGUUCGGGAACGGUGUCUUAUCUAGCACUCCAGCUCUUCAGACAUUCGCCAUCUAUUCGGUUGCUGCCAGUGUGAUCUGCUAUUUGUACCAGUUAAUACUUUUUCCGGCUAUUCUCACCCUGACUGCACACAAGGAAUACAAGAGCAUCGACGAUAACUCGAAGUAA